AUGUACUCCCUUUUAUUCCAAGUUUCAAAGAUCUUGCAUAUAGUAAUUUUUAAACACAUUUUUUAACAAUUAAUUAAGUAUCUCUUGCAUCAUCUUUCAAAAUUAUUAAAAAGUCGUUUACCUUGUUAAUUGUUCUAGCAAUAUCAGUAGUAUAUAAGAUUAUGGUUUGAAGCAGAUAAUUAAUUUCUAAAAUACAAAGCAAUUAGCUCAUCAGUAGAAGUAAAUUAUUCCUUAAUCAUUAGACCUAGUCUUACUAUUCUUUAUAAAUAUUGAAUUCUCAAUUGGUCAAAAACCAUUUCCCAAGAUUAGGGUUAAACUAAGCAUAGCAAAAAUAUCAAAAUGCGUAUUGCAAAUUAGAAGGCAAAGAUUACCAAAAUGAUUAUAAAUUAAUUCCCCUCUAAAUUAAUCUUUAGAUUUCUCUCAAUCUAUAAUAAUUUAAAUUAAUAAAAUUACUUCCCAUUCCAACUUGCUCAAAACUUAUAUUUAUAUCAGCCUUUCAUAAUUUCAAGCUUUAAACUCAAAUGUAUGUAGUAUUAAAGUAUGCUGAUCUCUCCGCAUUUUAUCCUCUUAACAUCAAUAUAUAAAGUCGAGUAUUCUCUCCUGAGUUUCAGCGUGUAAAUUCCAACAUGCAACUUAAAGUGAAGCAAUUCAGGAUUCGAAUAACUUAAUCUUACUCAUUAUACAAGGGAGUUUAGGAUUAAAUUUCAUUCUUUACCUAUCAGCCGCUUAACCAGUCUAUUAAGUCCUCUAUUAAAUGUUUCAAAUUCUACACUUUUAUUAUUAGAAUGACAACCUCAACUUUGCUAGAUUAAAAUUCUAAACUAAUAUUAAGAUCCUCAUAACUUACCCCAAAUCGAUUGUUAACCUAACAUAUUCCAACUCACCCAGUUAAAAGGACAUCUGAGAAAUCUAAGAUUACUAGGUUUCAUUAUUAACAUUUGACAAUUUUGAGUACUAUUCCUUGUUUUACUUCGCUUAUUUUAUCAGUCUUUCUAUUCAAAUUCCUAAUUUACUUGAUUUAUGAAUUACUUGCAAUAUUUGCAUCCAUUUCUAUUUAUUUAUUAAGUGUCAUGUGA